AUGUCAGGAAAGGGUGUAAUUACCGUACCACUGGUCCUGCUGGGAAGCAUGAUUUGUUGUGUCUCACAAACCAAGCAUAUCAAACCUCCAAGGUCACCUUCAUCCGACACUGCCUAUGAUACUUCAGAUGAUGAUAUAAUUGGACCUAUUACCCCUCCUCCCAUACUUCAUGAGCUAUCUAUUUAUUCGAAGAGCGCAAAAAAUAGACCCAAGCCCUAUCACAGAUGCGGUCCCAACAUAAUAGAACGCCUCUAUGGCGAGGAGUGUUCGGGGUGCAAUGACUCCAAGAAUGGUAUUCAGGGGGACAAACGUAGAUUGGAGCACCUGACCCCCGCCGCCCUUGCUCAGGCUGUCAUCGCGAUCCAAGCUGAUAUUGAAUGGAGACGCGUGCGUGCUCUUGCAGCAGCUUUGCACGUCAAUGCGCUCAAUCAAUGUUCCAAAUUUAUUGGCAUCACCGUCAAGAGCGAAGCUGAAACGUAUGGCAAUGCUGUUUCGGAGCCACUCGAAACCGCAAUCGAGGCGCUUUCCGGUUGUACUACCGAUGAUCUCAACGAUAGCAGCUGCAGGAUUGCUGUGUACGAGCGUGAUGUGACGUCGUUCGCUACUGCUGACACAGAGUUUGAUGAAGUCGAAAAAUUUGCAUUGACUCUCCUGGAACCGGAUGACGCCAGUUGGGAUGAAGGCGAUACUUCCUUGUGUUCGAGAAAUUCCAACAGAUCUUUAAACAUUGCUUGCAUUGGAUUGAUAGUGUCCGGCUUAGUCGCAUUCACAUAUGAUCAGGAGGCGGGAAAGCAGGAGGACGACCGGCCGCAUGGGCUAACGUGA